CCAGCACGUGUCUGCGUAUCCCAGCUCUCUCCCACCAGACCCUGGGAAUCCAGCUUCACAAAACAAACACCAGAGCUCCCGCUAAUCGCCAGCUCCGAAACAAAACAGCACUGCGCUGGGGGAUCCGGGCGCAAAUCAGCCCUCCCUCUUCGCGCUCCUUCGCCACCGCCCGCCCCUCAGCUCCGCUGCUCGGCUCCGCUCAGAGCAGCGCAGCUCCGCAGCCGCCAAAGCGAGGCGGGCUCGGUCUCCCCACCACCAGCGCCACCCGGGUUCCUCCAGGUUUCGUCUCUGCAGCUCCCGUCACUUGGAGCAGGAGUGUUCUGACAGGGGUCUGUAACAGCAGCAUAAAGUUGGGGGGCCCUAGAGGAUGAGGCUGUCUCCCGCGCCCCUGAGGCUUAGCCGGGGUCCGACGCUGCUGGCCCUCGCGCUGCCCCUGGCCGCAGCGCUAGCUUUCUCAGAUGAGACCCUGGACAAAGUGGCCAAGUCGGAGGGCUACUGCAGCCGCAUCUUGCGCGCCCAGGGCACACGGCGUGAGGGAUACACGGAGUUCAGCCUACGUGUGGAAGGCGACCCUGACUUCUAUAAGCCAGGGAGCAGCUACCGAGUGACACUUUCGGCUGCUCCUCCCUCCUACUUCAGAGGCUUCACGUUAAUUGCCCUCAAAGAGAACCGGGAGGGAGAUAAGGAAGAGGACCACGCUGGCACCUUCCAGAUCAUAGAUGAAGAAGAGACCCAGUUUAUGAGUAACUGUCCUGUGGCUGUCACUGAAAGCACCCCUCGGAGGAGGACACGUAUCCAGGUGUUUUGGAUAGCACCACCCACAGGGACAGGCUGUGUGAUUCUGAAGGCCAGCAUUGUACAGAAACGCAUUAUUUAUUUUCAAGAUGAGGGCUCCCUGACCAAGAAGCUGUGUGAACAGGAUCCUACACUUGAUGGGGUGACAGACAGACCAAUCCUAGACUGCUGCGCCUGUGGAACCGCCAAGUACAGACUCACGUUUUAUGGGAACUGGUCCGAGAAGACUCAUCCGAAGGAUUACCCUCGUCGGGCUAAUCACUGGUCUGCCAUCAUUGGCGGGUCCCACUCCAAGAACUAUGUGCUGUGGGAGUAUGGAGGAUAUGCCAGCGAAGGGGUCAAGCAAGUCGCUGAACUGGGCUCACCAGUAAAAAUGGAGGAAGAAAUCCGACAACAGAGUGAUGAAGUCCUCACUGUCAUCAAAGCCAAAGCCCAGUGGCCAGCUUGGCAGCCUGUCAAUGUGAGAGCAGCACCCUCAGCUGAAUUCUCAGUGGACAGGACACGCCACUUAAUGUCCUUCUUAACCAUGAUGGGCCCCAGUCCGGAUUGGAAUGUAGGCCUAUCUGCAGAGGAUCUGUGCACCAAGGAGUGUGGCUGGGUCCAGAAAGUGGUGCAGGACCUGAUUCCCUGGGAUGCUGGCACUGACAGCGGGGUGACCUAUGAGUCACCAAACAAGCCCACAAUUCCUCAGGAAAAAAUCCGACCCCUGACUAGUCUGGACCAUCCUCAGAGUCCUUUCUAUGACCCAGAAGGUGGGUCCAUCACACAAGUGGCCAGAGUUGUCAUCGAGAGAAUUGCCCGGAAGGGAGAACAGUGCAACAUUGUACCUGACAACGUGGAUGACAUUGUAGCUGACCUGGCUCCAGAAGAGAAAGAUGAAGAUGACACCCCUGAAACCUGCAUCUACUCCAACUGGUCCCCAUGGUCGGCCUGUAGCUCUUCCACCUGUGAAAAGGGCAAGAGGAUGCGGCAGCGCAUGCUGAAGGCACAGCUGGACCUCAGUGUCCCCUGUCCUGACACCCAGGACUUCCAGCCCUGCAUGGGCCCCGGCUGCAGCGAUGAAGAUGGCUCCACCUGUACCAUGUCGGAGUGGAUCACCUGGUCGCCCUGCAGUGUCUCCUGUGGCAUGGGCAUGAGGUCCCGGGAAAGGUACGUGAAGCAGUUCCCAGAAGACGGCUCGGUGUGCAUGCUGCCCACGGAGGAGACAGAGAAGUGCACGGUCAACGAGGAGUGCUCUCCUAGCAGCUGCCUGGUGACUGAGUGGGGUGAGUGGGACGACUGCAGCGCCACCUGUGGGAUGGGCAUGAAGAAGCGGCACCGUAUGGUCAAAAUGAGCCCCGCAGAUGGCUCCAUGUGCAAGGCAGAGACAUCACAGGCGGAGAAAUGCAUGAUGCCUGAGUGCCAUACCAUCCCGUGCUUGCUGUCUCCCUGGUCCGAGUGGAGUGACUGUAGCGUGACCUGUGGGAAGGGCAUGCGGACCCGCCAGCGGAUGCUCAAGUCUCUGGCAGAGCUGGGUGAUUGUAAUGAGGAUCUGGAGCAGGCGGAGAAGUGCAUGCUGCCAGAAUGCCCCAUUGACUGUGAACUCAGCGAGUGGUCCCAGUGGUCUGAAUGUAACAAGUCAUGUGGGAAAGGUCAUAUGAUUCGAACCCGGACCAUCCAAAUGGAACCUCAGUUCGGAGGUGCACCCUGCCCAGAGACUGUGCAACGCAAGAAGUGCCGUGCCCGGAAAUGCCUUCGCAGUCCAUCAGUCCAGAAGCUGCGCUGGAGAGAGGCCCGAGAAAGCAGGAGGAGUGAGCAGCUGAGGGAAGAAUCAGAUGGAGAGCAGUUCCCAGGCUGUCGGAUGCGCCCGUGGACAGCCUGGUCAGAAUGCACCAAACUGUGUGGAGGUGGGAUCCAGGAGCGCUACAUGACUGUGAAGAAGAGGUUCAAAAGCUCCCAGUUUACCAGCUGCAAAGACAAGAAGGAGAUCAGAGCGUGCAAUGUGCACCCUUGUUAGUAGGGGUUCCACUCCCCAGGGCCUCAUUCCAGAUUCUAGUCACCAAUGGUUGGGUGGUUGGUUUGCUUGUUUAAGAUGAUUUAAAUUGUGUCCACUAGUUUUCAUUUUUUUAUGGUGUGGUUUGCCCAAUAGUCUUAUGGAUGCCAAGGGACAUCCUGUCUGAAUACUUCUUGGUGAGUACAGGCAAAGUGGGGCAUCCCUGUCCUCAGGCAGCCCUCUUCCUACACUGAGUAGUGUUGGUUCACUUUGUACUAAACUGAAGUCUGUCCCUCUGGAGCAUUCCCCUGGUCAAGCAGGGUGGAGACCCUGGCCACAUCCACAAGGAGAAGCAACCACGUGCUCGGGUGCCAGGAUGCAGCAUGCAGGAGAUACAGCCAUCAAAUGCAGAGGACAGAUUCUCCUCUCUCACCUUUGGCCUGCUCACUCUUACAGAAACCUGUUUGUCUCUUUUUAUUUAGCACAACUCCAGGUAUCUUGGUAAGUCUCCAGGGUCCUGGGUUCUUCCGUGUCCUGAAGGAGAAGCUCUAAGGUGGGAUGGCAUUUGUUCCAAACCUCCAGACACUGCUUUGUUUAACACACACAGGGCAGCAGGUGAUGACGGCUACUUUAUUUCAUUGUGAGCCGUGAUUUCCGUUGAGUUUUGAUUGUUGGUGCCAUAACCAUCCUAGGAUGCCAGACAGAUGCAUCAACCUUCUCUCGGCAGAUCCUUCUCUGAGCCAAUGCAGACAGGAAACUGGGCACUGGUUCCAAAGCCAAGUAAAAAUCUUCCUACACAUAUCUGGAACUUUUAGGUUUCCCAAACUUCCUUAGAAUAAAGCAUUUUAGCUCUGAGAACUACAUGAUAAGUCUGGCAGGGAGUCUCCAAGUCAAUUCCUCAACAAAAAUACUAUCUUCCCUACUUAAAAGGUUUUUUAAGUCAUGAUAUUUUAUAGUUAGAGGAGAGAGAGAGAGAGAGAGAGAGAGAGAGAGAGAGAGAGAGAGAGAGAGAGAGAGAGCGAGCCUAUUCCCAUGACUAAGACACAAGCCUACAAGAAAGGGUUAUUCAGUCAUGCCUGUGCCUGAUUUCUAGACCAGGGCCCUGGUUUUCAUGGGUAGUCCAAAGGAAGGUCGGGGUUCCACUGACUUCCAAGCCAUCAGCAGCACACUAAACCCAGGAGUCUAAGAACCAACAAUCAGAGUAAGAAGAUGUUUAUCUCAGCUAUGAGCUCAUCAGCAGGUUUUACUCAUGCAUCUGUUAAAACUACCACCACAUCCUUUUGCAAGUCUGUUUAUUACUGCUUCAUCCAAAUACAUACUGUGGGCAGGAUGCACACAGUACUAUGAAUACAGUACUUUAAGAGUCUGCAUUAGACACGUCAGAAUAUCCCAGCCACAUCUAUGUACAACCCCUGAAUAUGUAUUUUCCUUAACACAAGAGACCUGUUCAAUUAAAAAAAAAAUCUCACUGGGUCUGUCUUUGUUUUUAAGACUAAUUAAGUAGUGGGAGGAUUGGGUCUUCUUCUAGUUGCUACCUAGUUCAUUUGCAGGAAAAGAUGGCACUUCUGUUUCUUCUAGAUGGGCCGAUGGCAUCACACCGCUCAGCCAUCUGGAUUAUUUCCAACACUAUUUUUAGAUGUUUUAAUGAAUUGCUUUCUCCUUCAAAGGAGUAUAAAACAAAGAAAUGAGAGUUCUGAAUUUCUACCCUCCCCAAAAAUGCUCUGUUAAAGGAUCUGCCCUGCCUACUUCUGCAACAUCCUCCCAGUGAUCUUGCUGUUGACUUAUUCUCAGAGUUUGUUUGAAAAUCAAAGUUCCUUCAGGUGGUGGCAGGCUUCAAUAGUGGAUUAUGUUUUUACCUGGUCCCACUUGGGUAUAUAUAAUUUUAAUCCUGAUUUGGGAGACUUUUUUAAAAACCAGAAAAAUGACUAAUGGCCAAAAAGAGAACAAGAAACAUGUUUUCAUCAAUGAAUCAUAUUGCUCUGUUUGCAAUGGGGAGUUUGUGAACGUCAAAUCUUUCUUGCCAAAAGCCUUGCAUUAGGUGCAUUUUUCUGGCUAACCAAUCAUUUGAAAAUAAAGAUUUUUCUUUCUA